AGCUCAAAGCGGCACUUUUCCGAUUCUGUGUGCGAGAACAGAGCGGACUACGGCAACAUCUCUUCUCCUUACCGGAGGAAAUACACACCGACUCAUUCUCACAGCUACGGAGCAGUUACACCUUAUCAGUGCUCUACCGAAUUACAAGGGACAUCUUCUAUCCAAGGAGACUAGACAAAAUAAAGGAAGAAAAAAAAACCCACGUUAAAACGUUAUUACCUAAUCGGUUAAAUUAGAGGAGCCUAUAUACCGAUAUCCCAGCAACACGAAAGACAGACUUGGCUAGUCCACCAGGAUAACACACCGGGGCUUUCGGGAGCACGAGGAAAGAGAGAGGGAUAAAGGAGAAGAAGACAGGAUGAUUCUCCAGCAUCAUUUGGUUCUGACGCUGUGCGCCGUCUACGGGAUCCUGCUAAAAGUGACGGCACAGAAAAGCACAUUGAGAGGGUCGUCGGGGCAGCACCCCUUGGUCCAGAAUCAGACAGUGACAGAGGGUGGGACAGCCAACAUGACUUGCAGGGUAGAGUACAACGACCAAACUUCCCUCCAGUGGUCUAACCCUGCACAGCAGACACUGUUCUUCGGAGACAAGAAAGCUUUGAGAGAUAACCGUAUCGAGCUGGUCCGAGCAUCGUGGUCGGAGCUGACCAUCAGUAUCAGUGAGGUGACACUGGCCGACGAGGGGAUGUACACCUGUUCUCUAUUCACCAUGCCUGUCAAGACCGCCAAGGCCUACCUUACUGUACUGGGGGUGCCAGAGAUGCCAGAGAUAGACGGUCUGACCAAGCCUGCCCUGGAGGGAGAUGAGAUCACUCUGACCUGUAUGACCCACGGCUCCAAGCCUGCUGCCGACCUCCGCUGGUUCAGGAACGAGAAGGAGAUCAAAGGUGCCAAGGAGGUGAAUGCCAGUGGGAAGACCUUCACGGUGACCAGUUCUCUACAGCUGCUAGUUGACAGGGACGAUGACGGGGCAGCGUACACCUGUAAAGUAGACCACGUAGCCCUGUUACAGACACCGCAGCAGGCUACUGAAGUACUGGAGGUGCACUAUGCUCCUCGUGUAGUGAUCACCAAUUCGUUGACGUUCCCUCAGGAGGGGCAAUACUUGAAGCUGGAGUGUGUAUCCAAAGGAAACCCAUCGCCAGAUCCUGUGAUGUGGACUAAGGAUGGAGGAGAAUUACCAGAUCUGGAACGUAUGAUUGUAGAGGGAAGAGAGCUCACUUUCACCACCCUGAAUAAAACAGAUAACGGAACAUACCGCUGUGAAGCCUCCAACCACCUAGGCACCAGCAGCGCUGAAUACCUACUCUACGUCUACGACCCCAAUGCCAUGGGGCAGCAUGGUCCAGACCAUGCUCUGAUUGGAGGAGUGGUGGCGGUGGUUGUCUUCGUCACCUUGUGUCUCAUCAUCGUUCUGGGCCGCUACCUGGCCAGGCAUAAAGGAACGUACCUGACCAACGAGGCCAAAGGAGCGGACGACGCGCCUGAUGCUGAUACAGCUAUCAUCAACGCUGAGGGCAACACACAUGCUGAGGAGAAGAAGGAGUACUUUAUCUAGACUGUAGAGGGCGCUCCGAUCUGCUGCCCACUCUUUCUCUCUGUCUUUAUGUCUGUAUUCCUCUAUCUCUCCCUCUCUCCCCCUCUUUAUCUCUCUCUCCGUCCCUUUUCUAUACUUUAUUUAGACUGCAGAGGGGGAUAUGCUGCCCCCUCUUUCUCUCCCUAUUUCUCUCUCUCUCUCUCUUUCCAAUUUCUCCUUCUCUCUCUCUCUCUCUCUCUCUCUCUCUCUCUCUCUCUCUCUCUCUCUCUCCACUGCCCCUGCUGCGUCACUAAGGAAACCCCUUGGGCAGUCCACAGAGAGGAAAAACUCCACCUUCUCCUUUUUCCCUCAUCCCUUCUUUCCUGCUGGCCUUUCUGUUCUCUUUUUUUUAUCAUUUCAUUCCGCCCUUCACUUCUUCUACACUUUUUUUUAUUUUUUAACCGUCCUAGUUUCUGACGCCGGCCUUCGUUUUUAAAGGCAGCGCCCUCUACUGGCUGUCUGGAGAUGUUGCCUUUUUUUUUUUUUUUACAUAUUUGAUGUGAAAUAAACCCCUGAGAAUCUGCAUAUCCACCGACACCGAGACCACUUCAGACUCCUUAUUAAACGCCUAAACACCUCCUCUCUCUCACACACACACACACACACACACACACACACACACACACACACACACACACACACACACACACACACACACACACACACACACACACACACCCAACACCCUCACGUUUACACGGUGCCUCAAAUAUGCCGCCUUCAUUCACACUGUCAGUAAUGCUGUUGUUUAACUGCUUUAUGUCAUUCAUUUACAUUGAUGCUACAAAUGCUCUCUUCUUAUUUUGCCUGUCAUGUCACAGCUCCUAGGCUUCAACGUUGUUUAAUUAAACAUGUUCGUUUUUUUUACAUUUUUAUUUAAAUGAAUAUAUGUGCUGGUUACGCCUUAUGUCUUUCAGACGAAAUGAUACAUUAGAUGAUCUGUCUUCUUCACUGUUCCCUUCACUGUUCCUUCACUGUUCCCUUCACUGUUCCCUUCACUGUCCCCCUUCACUGUUCCCUUCACUGUUCCCUUCACUGUCCCCUUCACUGUCCCCCUUCACUGUUCCCUUCACUGUCCCCCUUCACUGUUCCCUUCACUGUCCUCCUUCACUGUUCCCUUCACUGUCCCCCUUCACUGACUCCUUCACUGCUCCUUCACUGUCCCCCUUCACUGUUCUAUUACACUGACUCCUUCACUGUCCACCUUCACUGUUCCCUUCACUGUCCCCUUCACUGUCCCCUUCACUGUUCUAUUACACUGAUUCCUUCACUGUCCCCCUUCACUGUCCCCCUUCACUGUCCCCUUCACUGUUCCCUUCACUGUUUUAUUACACUGAUUCCUUCACUGUCCCCCUUCACUGUCCCCUUCACUGUUCUAUUACACUGAUUCCUUCACUGUCCCCCUUCACUGUUCCCUUCACUGUCCCCCUUCACUGUCCCCUUCACUGUUCUAUUACACUGAUUCCUUCACUGUCCCCCUUCACUGGCCCCUUCACUGUUCUAUUACACUGAUUCCUUCACUGUCCCCCUUUACUGUCCCCUUCACUUCCCCCCUUCACUGUUCCCUUCACUGUCCCCCUUCACUGUUCCCUUCACUGUCCCCCUUCACUGUUCCCUUCACUGUUCCCUUCACUGUUCCCUUCACUGUCCCCCUUCACUGUUCCCUUCACUGUCCCCUUCACUGUCCCCUUCACUUACCCCUUCACUACCCAUCUACUGUCCCCUUCACUGUCUCCUUCACUGUCUCCUUCACUGUCCCCUUCACUGACCCCUUCACUGUUCAAUUACAUUGCCUCCUUCACUGGUCCCUUCACUACCCAUCUACUGUCCCCUUCACUGUCCCCUUCACUGUUCAAUUACAUUGCCUCCUUCACUGGUCCCUUCACUACCCAUCUACCCACCAACCCCUUCACUGUCCCCUUCACUAACCCUUCACUGUCCCCUUCAAUGUCCCCUUCACUGUCCCCUUCACUAACCCUUCACUGUCCCCUUCACUGUCCCCUUCACUGUCCCCUUCACUGUCCCCUUCACCAUCCCUUCAAUGUCCCCUUCAAUGUCCCCUUCACCAUCCCUUCAAUGUCCCCUUCACUGCCCCCUUCACUGUCCCCUUCACUAACCCUUCACUGUCCCCUUCACUAACCCUUCGCAGUCCCCUUCACUGUCACCCUGAAUAAAACUGUACCUGAAAAAAAGGAUAGACUUGUAAACAAGAGCCCUUGCCUCCUGCAUGACAGGACAGAGGGUUUUCUGGUAUAAUACAAACUGUAUUCAAGAAACAAUGGCCCGUUGUAGGAUAAAGAUAGGAUGGAGGUUUUGUGUGAGAUAUAUGUUGUGAGAUAUGAUAUGUGGGUAAUUUGUUCUUCAUUAUUAGUCAUUAGUCCAUAUAGGUGGUAGAGUCUUUAAGACAGACGAAACGACUGAUCAUUAACGACACUCAUAAUAUAAAUUCUGAACACCAAAAAGGAACGAAAACGAUGCUGGGUGAAGGUUUAUAUCAAAUGAAAUUGAAACAACAAUCAAUUAAUGUCUUGCUUUUUAAAUCACGCAUAAUAAUCAUUACCUUGAUUACUUCUACUGUCUGUGAUACAUGAUGCGUCUGUCUGUCUGUAUAUUCCUGUUCAGAACCCUGCUGCGCUAACGCAACACUCUCACAGUGUCACCUUGGCAACUUAGUAUCUAUCUAUCUAUCUAUCUACAGCACCAUCGGUUGCCGAAGGGAUGUAGAACGAUGCUAUUAUUUGGGGUAGUCAGUGCUUGACUUGGGCCAGAGCUGUCUGGAGCGCCGCACUGGCAUAAAAACAAAGGGCUUGUCACUGGCCCGGAUUCACGCACAGUGGCAAAAAAAAAAAAAAACGCUCAUCAAAGUAGGAAUGAAGGCGGGAUCUGCAUUGAAUAGCAAUGGAGAAUGUGCAUUUAUAUGCUAAUUCUGCUUUGUUCAAGCUUAUUUGACGGAAAGUCUGUAAGUCCGGUUUAUGCGUGCCACUUGACUGUUCAAGUUAGAAAAUACGCCAGCCUGAAAGCGCAGGAAGUUGCCUGUUCAAGUUAGAAAACAGGAAGUUGCCUGUUCAAGUUACAAAACAGGAAGUUGCCUGUUCAAGUUAGAAAACAGGAAGUUGCCUGUUCAAGUUAGAAAACAGGAAGUUGCUGUUCCAAAUUGAUGUUAAGAGUCAUAAAAGUCAUAUUAUUGGGAAUUCCUUUUUAAAUGUAUUAUCAAUCACUUUAAAAAUCGACAUAUCAGCCCUGAUCAGAAUUAGGCCUACCCUUCAACAUGUGUGUGCUGUGGAUCAUCUAUUAAAAUAAAGGUUCAAUAACAAAAAAAAAAAAAUAUUUAAAAAAAAAAUCUGUGUGCCAGUGCAGUUGACUGAGGAGAGAGAGAGAGAUGUUUCAGCAGCAGGUAGAAAUAUAAAAUAAAAUAACGCUAGACUAACUAAAUAGCCAAUUCAAAACGUAACUAAACAUGCUCCAGCCUAUCUCGCUAGUUAGCGUUUUUUGGGGGGUUUUUUUGUUGUUGCUAUAGACCUAAGCAUUAAUGUUGUUAACUCCAAUGGUUCUGUUGAGAAAUACAUCUGACACCGUUAUUUGAAAGCUGGGAUUCCCGUCUAUUAAGCAGAAGGCUAUGUAACUCCAACAAACGUCUAAAAAUAGCCUAAUUGAAAAAUAGCUUCCAUGCUCUGCGUAGAUCUGCUCUGAAACAUUAAUAUUUUAGCCUUAUAAGGUUAUAGAUAACCACGACUUAGCUACCUUCCUUUGAAGUAACCUACUUCAUCCAUUUUUAUCCCUGAUUCAUUGAAUGAGGGAAUAAUUGUAUAAAGACAAAAAAAAAAAAAAAGUAUUUGGUUUGGUAAUAUUGUAACCUUUUGUAUCAUGGGGUGGCCAGCCAUCGUCCAGGAGAGCUACUGGGAGUGCAGGUUUUUAUUCCAGCCCUGCUCUAAUACUCCACAGUGUAGCCUUAACAUCAGCUGCUCGACAGGACCUUGCUAUAAGCAGACUCGGAUGUGUUUCAGGGCUGCCUGCAUGUCCAGCAACUCUUCAGAUGGAGAGUUGACCACACGUGUUUUAUACAGUAGCCCAACAAUGCAGUUAUUCUACUUUGUGGGGGGGGGGGGGGUUAAGUGCCUUGAUCAAGGGCACAACGGCAGGAGAUAGUAGGCCAACGUGGAAUCAGAGACCAGUAGCCUUCUAGUGUCAAUACCACAUUUAUUCAGACUUUUUAAUGUAGGCUAUAUAGAGACGCUACCAAUUAUCGGUCAUGGAAAUUUGGUUGUCAUGAAAAAGUCAUAAAAUUCCAUCUGUCAAAAUGUGCAUGAACCUUUAACAGUGAAUAGUCAGAAGUUUCUACAGCAUCAUUUCAUAUAGGAAUUUCGGUGAACAUAUUCUAAUGGAUUGACUUGGAAAAAAUACAGCUCCUGCACCUCUUUCAUCCCAAGUCAAGCACUGUGGGUAGUAGAGUAGUGUUGUAUAGGUCGUUAUCAAUAAAAAAAAAACGGAACAAUACGGCGUAGAGCGUUCCUUUUACCCGCCAGGUGAGGCAAGGAGACUCCCAGCUCAGCUAUAACCAUGGACAACUCCGUGCCGUUUAAGCGAUUCAAAGGGAUUCAACUAUUUGACCUCUAGCGGCUAAAUCGAACAUGCUGCACCGUAUUAUGGCGUUGUAUUGGUAACGACCAAUUGUAUGGAUACUUUUCUUUUAUUAAAAAAAAAAAAAUGUUCUUUUUUUUUUCUUCUUUUUUUUAAAAGUAUUUUAUAGUUUGGGCCAAGACUUGGCCUUGAAUGGAGCAUUGGGAAACCCCAAAAAAACAUUCAACAGAAAAGACAAAUACAGAAGCACAACAACCAUCCCUCCCCUUGAACAUCAGUGUUACCUUGACAACUGCUAGUUACCCUCAGGAAUGGUUCUGCUUAGAGUUGCAAAAUUCUGAAAUCUUUCCCAGAAUUCCCGGGUUUUUCCAGAAAUCCAGAUUGGAGGAUUUUGCAACCCUAGUUAAAAUAAGAGGAGAGAAAUUGGCUUUCCCUUAUUCAACCAAUAAUAAUAAUAGUAUAAAACAACCUACUGUACUCCAUAUCAGACCGUAGUGUUUAAUAUAUAAACAGUAUACAGUAGACAGUCUUUGAUUUGAUGUUUUGUUGAUAUAUGGUUCUUAGCCCUCCCCUUGUGCAUACGGCUGGCUGUAUAUUGCAUCUGCUAAAUGUGGUAACUAGUAAAAGAUGUUGUUAGAUUUUGGGAUCCUUAUACCUUCAGAUUUGUAUAUUAGCCAAUUUAUCUACUGAAGGAAGAAAAAAAAUAGCUACACUUUUUAUUUGUCAUUGCUAAUAUCUUUUCAGCACAAGGCAUGUAUAUACUGUGUAAGUGCAGAAUUUUGGUAAUACACAUUUUGACAAGUUUUCUUUUUUUCUUUGACCAUUUUCCAAAUCUCAUCUUUAAUUUAUUUGAUUUCAAAAUGAUUUAAUUGAGGAGGACACUGUAGUGUUGGUGGCAUGCUGUGCUGCAGAUCUGAAAGGUGUUGUUGGAGAAAAGAGUGUCAGGGGUCAAUAGGUAAAGUUAGGAAAACACACCACACAUUGUUAGCUAGCUCGUUAGCUAGUUUUGUUAGCUAACUGUUUAGCUAGGCUCAUUAGCUAGCUCCAACACCACACGUAGUUAGCUAGCUCGUUAGCUAGCUUUCUUAGCUAACUGUUUAGCUAGGUUCAUUAGCUAGCUCCAACACCACACGUAGUUAGCUAGCUCGUUAGCUAGCUUUCUUAGCUAACUGUUUAGCUAGGUUCAUUAGCUAGCUCCAACACCACACGUAGUUAGCUAGCUCGUUAGCUAGUUUUGUUAGCUAACUGUUUAGCUAGGCUCAUUAGCUAGCUCCAACAACACACGUCGUUAGCUAGCUCAUUAGCUAGUUUUGUUAGCUAACUGUUUAGCUAGCUUCGUUAACUAGCUCCAGCAAAAAUCGUGGUUGAUGUUUCACAGUCACUACUAGCGAUUAUAUCAUGUUGUCAUUAUCACUUCUGGUAAUAAUAAAGCAUUUACACACGA